ACGGAGUCCUGUUUGCAUAGACUGCUCAAACUAAUCCUAAAAUACAGAUACUAAUACUGACAGACAGGAUUGGCACCUAACGUGUUAAUUCCUUACGUACUUCUUUGUCUUGGCUUGAUGACGACAUUCCAGAAACAGCCGCACUCCUGGUGUGCACGAGCUCGUGUUAGCUGAGCACAGAUAUUUUAGAACAAUGCCAAAGUCUACAGCCUUAACCAUCAGCGUUGCAACAUUAGUAGGUACGACAGUGGGAUGUCUUGUUCUCUGGAAAUGCAUUAAACGUCGGAGAAAACAACUUUGUGCCCAGAGCAAAACAAAUGCUUCAAUAGGCACUGGCAGCCCAGGAUUAGAAUAUGAAAAUUCUGGAAUCUCUCAAGUGGAGAACAUAUUUACUGCUGAAACCAAAGUAAUCUCUGGAAUUGAGGAAUGGGAGAUUGUGUGGCCUUUGCUAAAGAAAGAGCUUUCUGAAUAUCCUGUACUUGGCAUGGACUGUGAAUGGGUGUCUGUAGAUGGAAGAGCAAAUCCUGUCUCCUUAUUACAGAUGGCUUCCCCUAGUGGCUUUUGUGUCCUAGUACGCUUAUCUCGAUUAAUCUGUUCUGGCGCAACCUUUCCCAAAACACUCUUGAACCUCCUGUCAGACAGCAGUAUUUUGAAGGUUGGAGUGGGGUGCGGUGAAGAUGCCUCAAAGCUGCUGAGGGACUAUAACCUUUCUGUGAAAGGCAUAGUAGAUAUACGGUACUUGGCCAUGAGGUAUAGAAAAGGCUUAUUCCAGAAUGGUCUAAGCCUAAAGAGUCUCUCUGAAACAGUUUUGUCUUACCCUUUGGAUAAAUCUUUUCAGCUUCGUUGCAGUAACUGGGAGGCAGAAGAAUUUUCUCAUGACCAGAUAUUGUAUGCUGCUCGUGACGCACAGGUAUCAAUUGCCCUAUUUUUACACUUUGUUGGCUUCUUCUCUUCACCGCACCUAACAUUGGAAGCCUUGCUUGCAAAGUGUCAAGGACUGGUAGAUGUUCCCUUUAAGAGCAAGGGAUGUGGCAUUUUGAAUGAGGAAGUGAACGGCGGACCAAAACAGAGAAAAGAAAGGACUGGGGAGCUGUCUUCUCAAAAUUCUCAAAGCAAAGACCCUCGCAAAAACAAGAGGAAACCACUGGGUGUAGGUUACUCUGCAAGGAAGUCACCACUUUAUGAUAACUGCUUUCUGCAUGCUCCUGAUGGGCAGCCCUUGUGUACAUGCGAUCGGAAGAAAGCUCAGUGGUAUCUGGACAAGGGUAUUGGGGACUUGGUAAGCAAUGACCCUUUCAUUGUUCAGCUGCUGUUUGAGCCAUCUGGCCGGCCUGAGUCCAGUGCAGAUUAUUAUCUUACAGUAAAAGAGAAUGUUUGCGUAGUGUGUGGCAAAAGAGAAUCAUACAUUCGUAAGAACAUCGUACCCCAUGAAUAUCGACGUCACUUUCCCAUCCAGAUGAAAGAUCACAAUUCUCAUGAUGUGCUAUUACUUUGUACAGCUUGUCAUGCAGUGUCUAAUUAUUAUGAUGCCAACCUGAAGCAGCAGUUGGCUGAAGAAUUCAAUGCCCCUAUUGGCUGUGAAGAAGGACUGCGUCUGCUGGAAGAUCCAAUGCGACGUCAAGUACGCUCUGGAGCAAGAGCUCUUUUAAAUGCGACCAAUCUACCAGAACAGCGUAGAGCUGAGUUAUUGCAGGACAUCAAAGAUUUUUACAGUACUGAGAAUGUCACACCUGAGACACUGCAGGAGGCAGCAAAUUUGGAGUCCAGGGUUCUGAAUGAAACCUACAUCCCUCAUGGACUGAAAAUUGUACAGAGCUUUGCUAAAGGUGGGCUGUUGUCCCUGAUGGAACUUGAGAGGCGUUGGCGCCAGCAUUUCCUGGACACCAUGCAACCUAAACAUCUCCCACAGCGGUGGUCAGUGGAUCAUAACCGUAGCAAACUUCUCAGGAAAUAUGGUGAAAACAUGCCAGUACAGUUGUGUUAGGAUCUUCAUGAACUUUCACAUUUACCAGCAAUGAACUGACUAGAGAUUUAAUGAUGGAGGACCAUGUAACUUGAUUUGUGCCAAGAUUGUGUUCUAACUAAGAAUUUACAUUUUAACUUUCUAUCCUUUAAUAUGCUGAUCUUAUAACCCUAUUUAUUGGGAUCUUUAACAUGGGAAAAGAUUUCAAAUUUUGUUUUGACUAUUAAUUUAUGGAUUGGUGCUGUAUUUUUCUUUUACUUUUCUUUAAAUGGAUCCUCCUCAAAUGGUUGGACUUCUUUUCCCCCACAUCAUAACAUUGUAGCUUUGUAAUGCCAUAUCUCUCUCAUGUUAUUUUGUAGAUGUAUUAAAUCAUAAUCCGAGGGUAUAGCGAUACAAAAAAUAUCUUUUAGAAUGUGGUAUAUGGUUUCAUGCUCUUCAUAUUUUUCUUAUUUAUUUUUUAUCAGGUUCUCCCAUUUAGAUGCAUUAAUUUAUAUAUUUAAUAUUUUUGUGGAGAAAUUUCUGAUUUUGACUCUUAAAGAGCUGUUCCUAGUGAACCUUCUACAUAAAAAUAAUAAAAAUCUUCAACCUUAAAUUAAA